GAUUUAAAUAACGAGAUCGACAACUUCUUUCAAAGUCCUUCCGAACGACAAUCAUCCAAUCUGUUUUUGCGGAAAUCGGAAAUUGAACAAGAUAUUUCCAACGAAACAGGCAACGAGGCCGAUCAUGAAUUACAAGAUGAUGCCGAUUCGGAUUUGGAUACAGCAGAUAAUGAGGAGGCGAUUGAUGAUCAAGAAGAGGUGAAGGAGGCGACCAAUGAUGUGAAGACAAACAAAACGGGACCACUUAGACUGAGCGAGGCCAAUCGAAGGGAAAUUGACACAGCUUAUAACUUAAUGGACAAGCAAUAUAUGUGGAAACUCUCAUCUGGAAAAUUCGUAGAAGAAGAAUUAUAUAAGCUGGGGAAAAGAUUAGAGUUCGAGCACGCCGUUCAUUCGUUUAUCCUCGAUGUUGAAGAUGAAUUGGUUAUGGAACAUUUUACAGAGACAGAACUUCGAGAGAUAGACAACACAUCUAUUCCAGAAGUACCAGAGCUCUCGAAUGAAAUUGAUGAGUUUCUAAAUAAAUUCCUUGGCAAGACGAACUUAAAUGAAAUCCGUCAAAUAAUAAAAGAAUCAAGUUUUGGUAAUGACUAUGACCAUGAGAAACACCAUGACCUGGAUUAUAUAUGUCUUGCUUUGCAUUCAUUGGUGAGGGAAAUACAAAACGGUAGUAUCAAGGACACAAAUCUCGAGAAUUGGUAUAACUGCCAUGUAUGGAGUGUAGUGUUUGAUCAAGCAUUCGGAGACAUAAGGGCGAUAGCUGUAGUCAG